AUGUCUUCUGAUCAUCAAGCUCUUAUUCCCAACUCUAAUGAUCCUUCCAAACCUUUCACUAUUUUUCACCUUCACAAUGCAAUUAAGCUUACCCCUACCAACUAUAUCGCUUGGAAAGCUCAAAUUCAAGCCACGUUAUUAGGCUAUGACCUAUACAAAUAUGUUGAUGGUUCUUUUCCCUCCCCUCCUGCCUCAAUCAAUAAUGCUGAAGGUACCUCCCAAGCCAACCCCGCUGCCCUUACUUGGUUUCGCCAAGAUCGUCUCGUCUAUGGUGCUCUUGUUGGUACCCUAUCUCAAGAGCUUGUUCCUCUUAUUUCUCAAUCGGCUACGGUUCAAGAGGCUUGGAAUAUUCUAGCCUCUACCUAUGAAAACCCAUCUCGUGGUCACUUCAAACAAAUCAAGGAUCAUUUAGCAAAAAUAACCAAAAGAACUCAAAGUAUUUCAGAGUACAUGCAAGCCAUUAAGCAAUGUACUAAUCAUCUUGCCUCCAUGGGAAGGCCUAUGGAACAUGAAGAUAUCAUUGAUAAGGUACUUCUUGGUCUUGAUUAUGAUAUUUAUAAAUCUGUUAUUGAUGCGGUCAAUGCUAGGGAUGCCCCUAUUUCCUUUGAAGAGCUCCAUGAGAAGCUCAUCACUAAGGAACUUAUGGCUGCAUCAUCAGUUUCAUCUACUCCAUUCCCUGCCACGGUUCAUGCUGCUCAAUACCGUGCUCAUGCCAACACCAAACAUCAACAUAUGUCCACACCGGCUCCCGCUCUCCUUCCUACUCCAAGUAGUAAUCAGGUCCCUCGACAACAAAAACCUUACCUCGGCAAAUGUCAAUGAUGCCGCAAUCAAGGUCAUGCUCUUGAUCAAUGCACAACA